AUGAAUUUAUUAAAAACUAUAACAGUAUUUAGUGUCUUAGUGUUUCGAGUAAAUGCUGGAUUCGAACAUCAGCAGCAAAAUGUUGGUGGUUAUGAACAAGGAGCUCAGCAACAUUUUGAAGGAUACGGUCAAAGCGGUGGUGGACAACAGCAAGAAAAUUACGGACAACACAACUCUGGCGGAUAUGAACAAAGCGGUUACGGACAAAAUGCUGGAGGUUACGGACAACAUAAUUUUGGUGGAUUUGAACAUGGACAACAAGAUGCUGGAGCUUACGGACAACACAACUUUGGACAAAAUCAAAUCCAACACACAGUCGAAGUAACCAAACACGUCCCGGUACCAGUUUACCGACACGAAACCGUUGAAAUUCCUCAUUCGGUGCCGGUACCAGUACCGAAACCUGUGGCAGUGCCAGUUGCUCAACCCUACCCGAUUCACAUUAAAGUGCCCCAUCCUGUUGCGGUGCCUGUUAUUAAAACGAUUACUGUUCCAAUUGAGAAACCCGUGCCCUAUAAAGUAGAGAAGAUUGUUCAUUAUCAUGUCGAGCAACCGGUGCCCGUUCCGGUAGAAAAACACGUUCCAGUAAGGAUCAGCAGGCCUGUACCAGUUAAAGUUCCAGUGUAUAAGGUUGUUUACCAUCACGAUAAAUACCAUCAUUAG